CGGACACACCGUUAAUGUAAUACACGGACGUAACUUUUUUUUUGGAUCAGUAUAUAAUCUUGUAUUUUUUUUUUUGGUCCACGUGGUUGUUUUACGAGUCGCAUCUUGUCCACGUCAUAACUUGAUUUCGAAGCAGUGUGCGGCAAAAACAACAACGAGCCACUUAAAACCUUUUUUGUUUGUUUAUAUCAGUUAAUUUGAUUUAUUUCAAAUUAUGUCUUCAAAAGGCAUUAAGGUAGACAAUGACCUCAAAACGAAGGUGGACGCCUUCAGAGAGCGGAUCACGGGUGAGGCUGAAAACCUGGUAGCAGACUUUUUCCCCAAAAAGUUGCUGGAACUUGACAGCUUUCUGAAGGAGCCCAUUUUGAAUGUCGCAGACCUGAAAGAGAUCCACUCAGAGAUAAACGUCAAAGUACCAGACCCAAUCAUUCUCAACAAUAGCCAUGAUGGAGUAGAUGUGCAAAAUUCCAGAAAACGGAAAAUGGAAGAUGGACUAGAGGAUGAUAACUGUCAAGAUGGCCCCAAGGUGUUUGCCAUGCCAGGGGGGAUGAUAAAAAGCAACGGCCAGCUGGUGGACCUGAUCGAAAGAGUCAAGCCAGAAAUAAGAACCCUCAUAGAGAAAUGCAACACAGUCAAAAUGUGGGUCCAGCUCUUAAUCCCCAGAAUAGAGGAUGGUAACAACUUUGGUGUAUCCAUCCAGGAGGAAACUGUUGCUGAGCUCAGGACUGUGGAAGGAGAGGCAGCCUCUUACCUGGACCAAAUUUCCAGGUAUUACAUCACCAGAGCGAAGCUAGUCUCAAAAAUUACAAAGUACCCUCAUGUGGAGGACUACCAGCGCACAGUGACUGAAAUAGACGAGAAGGAAUACAUCAGCCUCAAGAUCAUUGUGUCAGAGCUGAGGAAUCAAUAUGUGACAUUACAUGACAUGAUCCUGAAAAACAUAGAGAAGAUCAAGAGGCCACGAAGCAGCAACAAUGAAGCCCUCUACUGAACACUCCACUUCUCCUUAUCUACUUCUCACCAACUCCUAGUAACAGCCACAUUGGCAGCAUUUAGAUAGGCAGCCCAAUUCUGAUAUUUUUUUUCUCACUAUUUAUUCUUUUGACCAAUCAGAUAAGCUCUGAAAAGAUCUGAUGUGAUUGGUCAAAAGACCAAUUAAUUAGUGGUAAAAAGCUCCAAAUUGGGUUGCCUGUGUGAAUGCAGCCAUUGACUGUAACAGGCUUUGUUCUGGACUAUUAUCAUCAAUUCCCUCAAGGUGGACUUCGAAAGAACCUCCUUAGAAAUGUUCUGAAACAUCCAUGUUUCCAGGACUUGUGAGAAGGUUGUACCUUGAUUAUGGAUUUUUCUCCAUGUCGACCAAUCAAGCGGGCUUGAACUGAACUCAAACAUGGCCGGCCUCCAAGGUUGGUAGGUCAGAUGAAACUUUUUGUGUCCUUGUUGUCCAUGUCUGUGUGCUUGUAGUUUGUAUGUCUUGUCUGGAAACCGUCAUGGGAGUUUCACAGGUAUACUUUGUCUGUUUUAUCUUUAGUUUUGUUUUUAAGGAAUUAUUUUUAGGAUUCUGAAGUGCUUGGUUGUAACUAUAAUUAGCUGUAUGUGAGAUUGUCACUCUGGAUAAGAGCGUCUGCUAAAUGACUGAAAUUAAAUUAAAAUUGUCACGGUGAGUGUGUGGGAAUGCUCAGUCUGCAUUUUAGCUGUAGUGUAGCUUGCAGUCCUGUCAGUUAUUUAUUUAUUUUUACUUAAAGGACUACUCACAAAUACAUUGUGAAGGACUAUAGUCUGUUUCCAGCACAAUAUGUAAUGGCCAUCUACUCCCACUCUGAUCUUAAGAGUUUCAAUUGUGUUAAAAGCCAGAUCUGUAAUGUCCUCAUAUCCCAGAUGCUAUGUGAUGAGAAGUGUCUUUACUGCAUCUCUCCCUUAAUUGUCAUUUUGUUUUAUGAAUAAAUAUUUUUACUUAAUACAAA